GGCGAAGCGAUAAUCUUUUCACUCUACGAAAUGGACUGGUUCAGUUGUAGUCCGAGAUUCAAAAAGUCUAUGAUACUAACCAUGAUUCGAAUGCAACGACCUAUUUAUUUAUCAAUUGGAAAGUUCAGUCCAUUGACAUUGGCUACACUGGUGACGGAAAAUGGAAUACGGCCUCAUUUCCGGCCCUAAAUUCGAUGAAGUCAUUAAACAUCUGCGGAACAGUUUUCCUGAUGAACCAUUGAACGCAUCGGUUGGCUUGAGUGUCCGUGGGAAACCUUGUGAACUCUUGGAAAAGUAUGACCUUCACACUUUGGAAGAGGGGAUGUCUUUAAUGGCUAUGGAUGCAAAGACAAAAGAGAUUGCGGGUGUUGCUCUGAAUGGAAUAUCAAGAAAAGGUGAUGUGGAGAAAUCGUUGGAAGAAAUGAAGUCUAUUGACAACAUUCAAUAUCAGAGAGUUUUUGGACUGCUAAAUAACGUCAACAAGGACUUAGAUCUUUUCACGAAAUACAAUGUUGAGAAAAUUUUUGAAUUAAGAAUACUUUCAGUCGAUGACAAGUAUAGGGGUAGAGGAUUGGCGAAAGAACUAUUUUCCAGGAGUGAAAUGAUAGCCAAAGAAUAUGGUUUUGAACUAAUGAAAGUGGAUGCAACAAGUUUCUACACACAAAAAAUUUCAGAAAGUUUCGGAUUCACAACCGAAGUAUGUAUCAAGUAUGGAGACUACUGCGAUGAAGAAGGACAGAAGAUAUACGACACGAAAUCCCCACAUGAUUUUUAUAAGGUAAUGGUCAAAAACUUAGCGAGCAGACCCAACUCAGAAUGAAGUCGAAGGGAUUGAAGAAAUUACUAAAGAGCCUACUGUUAAGCCUACUUGUUGAUUUGAUUUCAGAUGUCCAAUCGCCGAUUUGAAAAAAUUGUGAAAAGUUUCGAGCAGACAUUUGAAAAUUCACAUUUUUUUGAAUCGGGAACGUGGUCCAAGUAAAAUGUUGAUACUGCCACUGCCAUGCAGAAUUAAACAUUUUGAUAUGAAUGAUUGAGUGAAUGAAAUAUGCGAAUCAUCUGAAAAAUUUGUGUGCAUUCCAGGUUUUGGGGUCAAACCACUGUACGGGUUUUAAUAAGUAAGAUUGAAUUGUUGAGUAUUUGAUUAUGUGAAAGUAGCCCCAUUUGAGACGAGUUGAUUUGAAAUAUAUUCGAAGCUAUAUUGAACUAGUCGAUUUGAAAAUGUUUUGAAGAGCAAAGAGUCGAUCUUAUUGCUAUUAUGUUCGGUAUUGUUUUUAUAUCAGCUCAAAUAAGUUUCAGGAGUGCGAUUAAUAUUUAUACCUUCCUGAACUUCGUUGACAUUAUCUUCGUGUAAAAUUUUGUUGAAAGUCUCAUAAGUGUUUCAGAACAAUCACUCAAAAAUAACAAUCAAAUUACAAGAGAAUAUAGGUAAGUAUUUAUUUGAGAAAAAUGCAAUGAUUAUCAAUAAAUCCACGGAACAUAAAACAAAUGAUGAGAAAACUGCCAUCGACACUUGUAUCAGAAUAUUGAUACUUGUAUCACUUGUAUCAGAAUAUUGAAGUUCGAAGAAUUUCAAUUUUUUUUUCAAUCACACGUAUUUUAUCAAGUCUAUCUAGUUAUCUAGAGUGAAAUGUAACAUACGUUGUUGACUGGACUAGAUUAAAAAAAAUAGUAAUUAUUUAAUUUUCAAAAAAAAUUAUAAUGUUAACAUUACAUUCAGAAGAAAUUGAGGAGUGUUUGAUAUCUAUUUCCUACUAUUUUUCUGUUAUAUAACAUGCUGAAGUGUAAUGAAGGCAAACUGAAACGUUCACCACAAAAAUUACGGCGUAACAUCAACUAUUGUAGAAAAGUAACUUGUAUUCAUAAAUUUUACUCACAAAUUGAAAAAUAAAUUGAAGGUAUAUUGUGAAAACGAUCUUCCGUUAAUUUAACCAUAUUUUCAACUCGAGUUUGUAUCAAGAGAUAUCUCAAUGUGUUGGUAGUUAUAAAAGUUGUUCAUGUUCAUAUCUGUAACCGAUUCAUCUAUUUUCGAGACAAAUCUGGAACAUAAAGUAUGGUGUAGUUGUGAGAUUUAUGUGUUUCUAUUGAGUUUGUAAUGAUUUUAGAAUUUGUAUAUGUUGUUCAUACAUUCAAAAUUCAGUAAAGAACAUUGAUUGCACCAUAAUAAGUGGUCUUUCAAAGAAUAUGCUGAUCUGAUUUCGAAAUUAUCAAUAUAAAUCAAUAUCUGCGACGUUCAUGAUACUUUCAAAAAACAUUCAGAAAAAAUCAUGUGGUGAGUAUUUCACAAAAAUGAAAACCGAUAAUUACUCUAUUGGAUUCCAGGCAAUGAAAUAUAUAUACGUGAAAAAAUACUGAUAGUAAUGAUUGUAUGCUUGGUCAUAUAUAACUGGUAAAUUCUGAAAACAAAAAGAUUUUUAAAUGUUCCUCCAUUUACGAUUUUCGAAAGCCAUUUGAAAUUGACUCUUGCUCUUCAAAACAAAUUCAUUCAAUGUCAUUUCAAUGAAAUGAAUGACAAGUUCGUGGAUAAUUGAAAUAUUGAAUACAAUCUAAGGUUGUUAUGUGUCACCAAACUACCGAAAGUUUGGUUUUGUUAUUGUGAGGUUUUCAAUGACCAAUGAAUACAAUUUUGUUACUUUCAAGUAUACUGUUGUACUACGAUGUGGUUGUUUUAUCAAGGCAAUCAUGUAACGGGCUAGUGGUGAAACAAUAAAAUAAUUUUGUUA